GCGCAAUAACGCAGCAUUCUGUCCGCGUUCUGUCCGUCUGUUUGAGAUAAUACAAAAAUGUUGACUUCUCGUAUAGUAGUAUUGCUUUUGAUAGCCUGUCUCUCAUCCAAAGCAAAUGGACAGGUUACAGGGAAUACAUUGUUCGUGGCUCACUACAGCUUCCAGUAUUUUGCAACUUACAUUGGUUGGCUUCCUGCAAGUCCUGAAUCCUACAAAAAUAAUCAGACGUUAGAUUAUGAUAUAGCUUAUGCAUCCAGUGGCCACUUCUGGAACUCAAUAGCCGCUGAUUACCACGCAAAGAAUAUUACUUUUCAUGAUUCCUUUAACCACUGGAUUUACUUAAGUGAUGAUUUAGAAACGCCUGGUGCCGAUGCUCAUGCCAUUGAAAGUGGGACCUCUGGUAGAGUGUUGGCUAUGACAAUUGACUGGUUGGCUCAAAAUGUGUACUGGGUGGACGAGGGUUACAACUGGAUCAAAAUGACGAAUUAUUUCAGUGGAGGAUAUGAAGCUACGAUUGUUGAUACGGGCCUUGAAAGACCGUCGGGAAUAGCAUGUCAUCCUAUAAAAGGGUACCUAUUUUGGACAGAACUGGGAAAUACGUAUCUCCCUAAAAUUGAGAGAUCAUCAAUGUCAGGCGCAAAUCGAAGAACUAUUGUUACAGGGCUGAGUGAGCCGAGGUCUAUGGCUGUUGAUAUCACAACUAACAGGAUUUACUGGGUUGACAACAGUGCAACUGAAAGUAAAGUUGAAUCCUCCGAUCUUGAUGGCGAUGACAGGCGAAUGGAAGUGUCACAAUCAUCAUCUUAUGGUUUGUUUGACAGUAUUGCUGUGGACGAAGUGAGAUUUGUUUAG